AUGGGCUCUGCAAACCCACAGCGCAAGGGCGUUUGGGAGCCCUUACCCCUCAUCGUCUAUGGCUAUGCCGUCCACCCGCUAUCUCCAUCCAAACGCGAUACAAGGCUAUCAAGUAAAAGGCCCAUGUCCACUAUCACAGAGGGCUCCGCAGACGAGAGUGGUGUACACAGGGAUGUUGUCUCCCUCGAAGUUGGCGACGAGGUCUACGCAUUUGAAAAGUAUACCCCAAGAGGAAACCAAGCAGAUGGCAUAUGGUACAGAGGCUACGUAGUUUGCACUGCCCGCCUUCCACCAGUCACCUGGUCUACAUCCUCGGACCCAACUUCAUCCUCAUCCGCCAAACCAGUCAAAACCGAGGAACCGCAACAGGUUUUCAUCGGAAUAUUCCCCGCAUCCCAUAUCUUUGUCCGUGAUGAGCUCUCAGAUGCCGAAGGACGCCUGCCAGAUCUCGUCACCUCCCUUACAGCCGGCUCCUCGAACCACAACGGUUCAGUAACUAGCGCAGACUACCUUGCACAAUGGAAGCGUGAACGCGCAAACUCGGGCCCAGAACCCCCUCGCGAGCACAGAGAAAGAGAUAGGGAAGUCAGAGAACUGACAUACGAUGACGAACGCAAAUCAUUCAAACUCGGACCCCCGCCAGACCAGGCCAAGUCCACUCGCGCCGCCCUUGUCGUAUAUCCCGCGAGCAUACACUCUGUGCAAGAAUCCGAGAACAUGAAGCCCCUUCCUCCACGUCCGUCCCUAAAAUCAGGCGAUGAUACAGCCUCGGGCACGAUGCAACCCAUAAUCGACGAGAUUGCCAGUGCUCUUCGAGAAUGGCAUAGCAUGAUGUUCCAGUACCUCGCAAGGCGCGAUUACAAACUCUUUCAUACAGUCCGCGAACAUAUCGAAGCGCUCCACCUUGGACGAAGACAGUUGCUGGCGCAGACAUUGAGCGCAGAGGAGACAGUUAGUCUGAGGAGGGACUGUGUUGCCCGCUUAGUGAGCGGCAAUGUGGUGCAGGAGCUUGAUAUCAUCGUUCGCCAUCCGACAUGGGGUGCACUAGUCACAGUGGAUGUAGAGGGCGAGAUCGAUCCUCGCAGCUGGGUCAGUGCUGUCAGGAUGUAUGCCAUGCAAACUUCCCUCGCAUAUAUGAAUGUCCCUCUAGAUAACUCAUCCAAACUCACCAUCGGACCUACCGAGUUCUCCACGAUACCCAUACCCACUCCUGCACACUCUGCAUUCCCUGAUAUAUCUCGAAACAAAACGAUGUCACGCCAGGUCGGUUCACUGGGUCCCUACCAGUCCGAGAAAUCAACUGCAGCUAAAUUCUACCACAUUUUCCUCGACGUCCGCGCCUUCGUGGCAACUCCUUGUGCACCUGGCGAGACGGCCGAGCUCUUCUUCUCGGUCUACAAGCACUCCGAAUUCCCGCGCUUCGUCACCGAAGAAUGCUACAUCGUACUUAAUCACAAUGGUGUGCUUUCCCGCGACCCUAACGCCCGUAUUCGCUCGCUCUUCACUGAUAUCGCGCAAUCGGAUGCGCAGGACCCGCUAUUCCUGGUGUGUCGUAUCGUGCGGAACGGCGCACUUAAGAUGAACAACACGAUGGGGUCAGGCGCCCCCGGUGAAGGCGGGCGUCGGCCAUCCGAGGCGUCGCUUUCUGACGUCCCAUUGACACCUUCCCGUACGACUAUGAUGUCCGAUGUCCCGAUGAACUUUCGCCGGCCGUUUGGCUGCGCAGUGCUCGAGCUAUCACAGCUUACAAAGAUGAUGAUCGAUGGCACGGAUGUGAGCCCGAUGAGGGAGCAUUCCAUGCCAAUCUUUGUGCCUACCAAUGAAGCACUAUUCUCGAUGUUACAUCAGGACAUCAUUGCAAAUAAUGUGAAAGAGUUUGAGAAGUCGCCAAGGGCCGAGAUGCUCGCUGUUUCUGUGAAGAUAUUCCAUGGCGAUUCAGCUACCAUUAUCAGAGAGAAUAUGUCUCUUCUGCAAGACAUCCCGUUAACCCUCCGGCUUGGAUUCCCCGACGUGGUGUUUCCUGGAGACGUGCGCAAUGAGCUGUACAUUAAAUUAUGGACGGGGGACUUCCCAUCUUCCUACAGUGGCUCCGCCCGGCUUAGCAUGGUUAACUUCACGCGUCCUGGCCCGGUUUCACAAAAUGCGCAAGUGUCGAUCGAAGUCCGUGAUCAAGAAGGUCGUACUAUCGAGAAUGCCAUCUCCCUGGGCAGCGGCGAGCCCAGCGUGACCCAGUUCCAUUCAAUGGUCUUCAUGCGCAACAACCAGCCUACAUUCGGCGAGCUCAUCAAACUCCAGCUUCCGCUUCGCGGUAUUCCCAACUGGCACCUAUUCUUUACAUUCCGAAAUCGUUCUGGACGAGGGCUCAACGCAGACAAGCCGUUCGCGUUUGCGUUCCAGCCACUCUUUCCCGGCCAAGGCGCGUUUUUGGAGGAUGGGAGCCAUACUUUAGUAUUGUACCGCGCAGAUAAGCUGUCACAAGUUACGCCGGACAUGUACCUGGCGUCGUCGCCGUGGGUACUCCCCGGACAGCGACCUGAGCAAGUUUCAGUAUCACCAGAGCUGCUGAGGCUGGCUUCGCCGAUGAAGGACACCGUCAUCAUCCGGUCAUCGCUUUGUUCCACAAAGUUUACGCAGAACCCUGUCCUCAUGAGCUUGCUUAACUGGGAGCAGAUCAAUGACAAGGAGCUGCUGCAAACCGUCCUCAGCAAGUUUACCUUUGUUGGUGAAGGAGAAAUUGUCAAGUUCCUCCGGGACAUCUUCGAUUCACUCUUCGGCAUCUUGGAGUCGCAGAACAACCAGGCCUGUGAGAUGGACCACCUCGUCUUCAAUGCACUGGUGACUGUCCUCGGUAUCGUGCAAGAUCGUCGAUUCAGCAAUUUCCAGCCCGUCUUGGAUGUCUACAUCGAGGAGCAUUUCAACUGUGCUGCAGCUUCUUCACACAUGAUCCGCUCGAUGGACCGUCUACUCCGGAAUCCGACUGGUAAUGACGUAGCCUCGCCUUUACGCGCAGCACUUAAAGUCUGGCACUAUAUCUUCAAAUUUAUCACGCGUGCGCGAGAGCUGCAGAAGAGCACUGAGCUGGGCAUGGGCGACGGAGCAACCGCUGAGCACCUAGAGACGAUGUUCAAGAAAGAAAUCCGCUCCCAUCUCACCGAAGUCAACAAGAUGAUGGCGACUACGUCGCCAGCGUCUAUCAUCGGCACGCAGACCAUCGCAUUGCAGCACUUUACGACGAUUCUUCCAGAACUUGCCAAGAUCAUCCCCACCAUUGAGCUAGUGACGAUCGCUACGAACUUUGUCAACGCCAUUUCGACUGGCAAGGGCAAAAUCAUCAUAUGGCGGUUGAUCAUGUACUUGCAGAUCGUCAAGGGUUUCUUGUUCGAUUACCCCCACUCGCGGUCGUUGCUUGUUCAAGCGGUCGUUAUUUGGAUCAAGCCUCAUUUUGGACGAUACGAUGAGUUCACGCAGACCACUACGGGCGAUUCUGAUAGCGUGCGUGAUGCAGCGAGGGUUAGCUGGCUGGAGUCUAUACGGCUUUGUGUGACGAUUAUUGCGGUGAUGCUGGACAAGCUGCAGUUGCAGUUAGUUUCGUCAUCGGUUAUGGCGGAUCGUAAUUUGUUCAGGCAGGAGCAGGAGAAUAUCGAAUACAUACUUAUGCUCAUGCCGAGGCUCCUUGACUCUUAUCGCGAGUUCCAGAAUCCAGCUAAUCAUCGUGCUGUGGAACGGACGCGCACUCCGACCACGACGACCGCUGCGGUGCCUAUCACUUUCCCGGAGUCUUAUCCGUUUUCCCUCAUGGCUUUAUUGCCCAAUGCUCCCCGGAAUGCUACCAGCACGUCGCUGACGCACGAAGACAACUUGGUCUUCAACCCUGGCUUGGGCGAGACAGCGAUAGUCCUCCUUUCCCUCGUGCUCUCAGCUCCAACAAAACACAUCUACAACUUUCUGGAGUCCAGCUACGACAUUGAAGGGAAGGAGAACUUUGCCAGUUUGCUGACGCAUUUUUUCAAAGUUGCGACCUCUAUACUAGAGAAUGACGCUUUCCCGAGUAACUGGCUGAAUGUGAACAUUUUGACGCACAAGGUGUUGAUCAAGAUGAUGGAUCCUGUUGCCACGCUUUUGAAGCGGAUUUUUAUACCUCCACCGUCGGCAUCGCAUUUGUUCAAGGCGGAGCUGUGGAAGGACGCUUUCUUUAUGUUGUUGAAGCUUUUAUCGUCUGAGCAGCUUGUCAUUGAAGAUUUCAGUCCACAGAAACGGCGUGCUGUAUGGCGCCUGGGCGGCGAUAUUCGAGGUGAAGGUGCAGAUAUACUGCUGCGGCUAUGGGAGGCCCUUGCAUGGCCAGAACCGACAGAAUCCAGCUCUGUCUCUCAAGGGGGCUAUCAAACGGUACUAAGCUCAUUGAUCGGGUACAUUGUGAACCUGUGCCUUAGUCACCACGACCAGCUACGAAACAAUGCAGUCGGAAUCCUUUUCGGCAUGAUCAUCUCAGAAUAUCAUCAAUACGGCCACUUUGACCAGAUCGAGACGGAGCUGGUUAGAAAGCUCGAUUCCCUCUUCAUGUCCCAGUCCAAGGGCGACGACAUUUCUCGCGUAUUCUUCAUUGCACAAUUGCGGCACUUGUUCGAAUCGUCCGAGGUUGACGAUCAGCUUAGGGAGCGUGUCUCUGCUUUCCUUGAUUCGGUGGAUGCUUUCCUCAAGCUUCUGCUUAACGUUCGCAGACUGCCUGAGGGCGAAGAGUUUGCUGAUGACCGUGUGAUUGCCACGCUGCGCCUGAUGAACUUCAUCCGCGACAUUGGUAGGGAAGAGAUGUACAUCAAAUACGUGCACCAGUUGGUUAAUACGCACCUGCAAUCACAAAAUUACGUGGAAGCUGCGUUGACUCUAAAGCUUCAUUCUGAUCUGCACCAUUGGGAUCUCUACACGUUCGUGGGGCCUAUGGAGGACCUCGGACUGCCUCAGCAAUCUCAUUUCCAUCGGAAGGAAACUUUGUGCUUAUUGAUUUUGGAUUACUUGGGCAAAGGCAAGGCGUAUGAGAGCGCGAUUGAAAUUUGUCAAGAGCUGGCAAAGCAGCAUGCAGAGGUUACGUUCAACUAUGCGCGGUUGGCAGAAAUAUUGCGUCAUCAGGCUGCAUUGUUCGAGCACAUCAUUACAGACCAGCGUUACUACUCUGACUAUUUCCGAGUGGUAUUUUAUGGAGACUUCCCUGAUGCCUUGAGGAACAAACAGUUCAUUUACCGCGGAUAUGAAUGGGAGAAGUUUGGUACUUUCUGCGAGCGGCUACUUAACAAACACCCGGGCGCUCAGUUGCUAAAGAGCGAUCCUACAGCGGAUCAGCGGUUUGGAAAUGAUCAGUACAUCCAAUGCACUGCUGUCACUCCCGAGCCGGAUCGAUCGCUUCCUAUUUUCACCAGUCCAGAUGUCCCACUGGCCAUUCGCAAUUACUACGAACACAGUGCUAUCAAUGUCUUCAGCUCUACUAAGCAAACAACAAAGUUCGACCGCGAUGGCAAUGAAGAGAUCUGGCUAGAGAAGACGUCGUUCACUACCGAACAAGCCUUCCCCACUGUCCUUCGGAGAUCAGACGUUACAGAAUGGGAAGUAGCCGAAAUAUCGCCUGUCGAAAAUGCUCUCCAUGAGGUCGAGCAAAGGACUAGGGAAUUGGCUUCAUUCCAUCUGCGGUAUGCGGCUCUUGCCAAAACUGCUCAAGUGUUUUCGACAAAUGCUCUUUCUAUGAGCCUCAAUGGAGCCGUGGAUCCCUCUAGUACGGAUGGUCUGCCGGCUUAUCGUGAUAUAUUCUUUCAUCCUGCGUACUCUGCCAAACACCCCGAUAGAGUAGAAAUGAUCGACCGUCUCAAAGCUGCCAUAGACGAUCAGGUACGGGUGACGGACAGCUGCCUAAAAUUACACGGCCAGAUCUGUCCCCAAGAGAUGUUGGGCUUCCAUCAGACCCUGGAAGAACUGUUCAGAAAAAACUUUGCAGAAGAAAUUCAACGUAUAGCUGCUGAAAACGGGUUUCAACAUGUCCCGCAAUCGUAUGCGGCCUCGAUCCGGAUUCACGACCAAGGCUCGUUGUAUGAUACCCGUUCCUACUCUCAUCAACGGUCGCUGUCGACCUCGUCGGGACGACCGUCCCUUGGAAUCGCUCCUCUUUCAGUUGGCGGCUCGUCUAUGAGCCCUCAACCUAUCUCACCUCUAUCAUCACGUCCUCCACUCUCUCAUCACCAUCAUGAUGGUGUCAAGCGCACCCCGCUGCAAAUGCACGCGGCACACGUCGCUCGCCACGGCAUCAACGGAGUGCUGACCGGCUGGCGAGAUGCUCCAAGUGAUGCCAACACCGGCUCACCACGAGACUCAUUAAUCACAGUCGGAAACACAGGCCCAGCCCACUCUGGCACCUCCGUGGCGAUGUCUACUAUAGGCAGUGUGAAUUCCAUAAAAGGCCGCUUGUCAUCGCGAUUCGGGAGCUUUACGCGCAGUCGGCGAGGUUGA